UCGUAUCUCUAGAAGAGAAACACUUAAGCUGAAACUCCUUAAAAUAGCCAUUAUUGAAGAAAGAAAAAUAGCACAAAAAAGCUAUUUCAUACAAUCUAUAAACAAUUUUAAACUGAGACUUGUCAGAAAACCACCUGACGUCUUAGCACAGUGGUAUGGAUUACUUAAAAAUAGAGUCUUUUAAAUCAACUCAAGUUAAUGACUGUCAAAGGUUGGAUGAUGUUGCCUUGAGCAGGAACGUCACCUGCGCGAGCAGCCCCCCACUAGUGAUAGAGACAGUGGUCAACAAGUAAAGGGCUCAUACUGGCCUGAGGAAGAGUUCUGAGUGUACUAUACAUAGUUCCGGUGUACAACAGUAGGCUAUUAGAAAGUGAAAAUAUCCACUCAAACAAUGUAACAAGCCCACACUAUGUGGCAUUACUUUGAAAACGCAAUACGGCUUUACAGUGCACUCAUCACUGCACCAGUCACACUGUAGCCUACAACAUUAAUUUAUUCAAGCAACCCUAAAAUCUCGCGGUGAUACCAUUCAGACAUCUUGCAUUUUAGUAAGUCUGGUCUUGGAGAUUUUUUCAUUAAAAACCUACACUAUAUACAUUUCACACAGAAGCACGCUUGUGUUAACGUUAUUCGUUUGAAUCCAGAGUAGUUUUCCUCCGCUUAAACGGAUGUGAGGCGGUUGGACCGAGCCUCGCGUGCCAAUCCCGCGGAGUUUAGACGGUCUCUCACGGGGACUCUGUAGCUGUAUUGUGCGUCAUCUCCAUCGCCGCAGUUUUGUUAUUUUUCUCCACUGAGGAAACAUGGCAACUCCCGCCGCGGUCAACCCGUCCGAGAUGGGCAGUGAGUUACCGGGGACAGUAGCUAUGCCAGGGGCAGUGGGAGCUGGUCAGGUGAGGAUGGGAGGAGCUGUACCAGGCCGUGGGGGCAAGAGGAGAUCAGGAGGAAUGGACUUUGACGAUGAAGACGGAGAGGGACCUAGCAAAUUUUCAAGGUAUGAUGAUGAUCAGAUUCCUGGUGGGGAUAAGGAGAGAUUCGCCAGAGAGAACCACAGUGAGAUUGAGAGACGCCGACGCAACAAAAUGACCCAGUACAUCACUGAGCUGUCAGACAUGGUGCCGACCUGCAGUGCCCUGGCCCGAAAACCUGAUAAACUGACCAUCCUGCGAAUGGCUGUCUCCCAUAUGAAAUCCAUGAGGGGCACUGGCAACACGUCCACUGAUGGGGCCUAUAAGCCCUCCUUUCUCACUGAACAGGAACUGAAGCAUCUGAUUCUGGAGGCGGCAGAUGGCUUUCUGUUUGUGGUUGCUGCAGAGACGGGACGGGUGAUCUAUGUGUCGGAUUCCGUUACGCCCGUGCUGAACCAUCCCCAGUCAGAGUGGUUUGGCAGCACCCUGUAUGAACAGGUCCACCCUGACGAUGUGGACAAGCUCAGGGAACAGCUCAGUACUUCAGAAAACUCCAUGACAGGACGGAUUCUGGACCUGAAGACAGGAACAGUGAAGAAGGAGGGACAGCAGUCCUCAAUGAGGAUGUGCAUGGGCUCCCGACGGUCUUUCAUCUGCCGCAUGAGGUGCGGUAGUGCUCCUCUGGAUCACAUCUCCUUAAACCGUCUGUCAAACAUGAGGAAGAGAUACAGGAAUGGCCUUGGACCCUCAAAAGAAGGAGAGGCUCAGUACUCUGUGGUGCAUUGCACAGGCUACAUCAAAGCCUGGCCCCCUGCAGGCAUGACUAUACCAGAAGAAGACACAGAGGCAGGUCAGACUGGAAAAUACUGCCUAGUGGCCAUCGGAAGACUGCAGGUGACCAGCUCUCCAGUCUCCAUGGAUAUGAAUGGCCUGUCUGUGCCCACAGAGUUUCUGUCACGUCACAACUCGGAUGGUGUCAUCACUUUUGUCGACCCGCGCUGCAUCAACGUCAUUGGUUAUCAGCCUCAGGACUUGCUGGGGAAAGAUAUUCUGGAGUUCUGCCAUCCUGAGGACCAAAGUCACCUAAGAGAAAGUUUCCAACAGGUGGUGAAAUUGAAGGGUCAGGUUCUGUCUGUGAUGUAUCGUUUCCGAAUGAAGAACAGGGAGUGGAUGCUGAUCCGAACCAGUAGCUUCACCUUCCAGAAUCCAUACUCUGAUGAGAUAGAGUACAUCAUCUGCACCAACACCAAUGUCAAGCAGCUGCAGCAGCAGCAGCAAGCAGAGCUGGAGGUUCACCAGAGAGAUGGACUGACUGCCUACGAUCUUUCCCAGGUGCCUGUGGCCAGUGUCAGCAGUGGAGUCCAUGAGGCAGGGAAGAACAUCGACAAGACAGAAGUCCUGUUCUCCCAGGAGAGAGACCCACGCUUUGCUGAGAUGUACACUGGCAUCUCUGGCUCGGGAGAUAAGAAGAUGAUGGUUCCCUCCUCUACAGCUGGAGGACAGCAGCUCUACUCACAGAGCUCUCCUUUCCAGCAGGGACACUCUGGCAAAAGUUUCAGUUCCUCUGUGAUCCAUGUCCCUGGUGUGAACGACAUCCAACCAUCGGGCUCAUCCAAUCAGAAUCUAGCUCAGAUCUCCAGACAGCUCAAUCCCGGCCAGGUGGCAUGGUCAGGCAACCGACCCCCCUUCUCUGCACAGUCCAGUAAAGCCCAAUCCAGUCCAUUUGGUAUUGGUUCUGGCCACAACUACCAGACUGACCCAGCCUCCUACAGUCCCCUGUCAUCCCCGGCCACUUCCUCCCCCAGCGGCAACGCCUACUCAGGACUGACAAACCGCAGCACAGCUUUUGAUGUGUCAGGGGAGAGUAGUCAGAGUGGAGCCCAGUUCCAGGGUCGUCCCAGUGAGGUUUGGUCCCAAUGGCAGAACCAGCAUCACUCCCAGCAGGCAGGGGAACAGCACACACACCCCAAUCCCAGCCAGACAGAAGUCUUCCAGGACAUGUUACCCAUGGCUGGAGAUCCCACCCAGGGAACGGCAAACUACAACAUUGAGGAUUUCGCUGACCUCGGCAUGUUCCCACCCUUCUCUGAGUAAUAUGGAUGGAGGGUUCUCCAUUACUCUCCCUCUCAGAACUGGACUGAUGUUUGCAUCCACCUGUCAUGUUGUCUCAUUUUUCUACAUUGCUGGGUCACCAACACAUAGCUGAUGUGCAGCACGGUGAAUGUCUGGGUGCACUUGUCAUUCACACACAUACAGACACACAGUUCACAAAUGUUUGGGCUCCGAGGCCUGCAGUAUGUAUCUGUAAACAUGCACAUACCUCGUCUUUGCAAAGAGGGACCCCGCUGUCAGAUGGAAGGUACAUCAAUCAACCUGUAUCAGCUCUUUGUCUGUUGUAGCAAUGAUAAACAUUGCCUCAAGCUCGUUAAACUGACGGUGCAGUCUGUGACAUUAAGGUUGCUGAAACGUGGCUGUUAAGCUCCCUGCAGUCAGCAUCAGUAUGACCAGAGGAGGUUAGAGCUGGAUUCGUCAGAGCCCAGUAUCAGUAUUAUUAUCCAAGAUUUUUAGACUUCCUCUCUUCUGAUUUGAGAAAGCAAAACUUCAAGUUUCUAACAAAAAUGUCCUCAUAACAUAUUUUUUGUCAGUGUUCAUGUCUAUAAGUAUCCAUGCAGCUGACCCAAAUUUAUGACUGUGCCAACUUCACAUAGGCUACACUCAGUGAUGUACAAAGCUACACACAUGUUCACUGCUGUCUGCAUCCACAUCUGUUUUGGAGUAUGCCAGAUUUUGUUUUCAGUAUGGAAUAAUAAGAACAAAAUGAAAAAAGAUACAGGGCUCUUGCUUCCCAACUGAUGCAUAACACAUUAUGAUGGAGUUCAUGUCACCUGUGACACUUGUAGUGUUAUUCCCUCAACAGGGUUUUGAUUAUUUAUGCUCAGGUCAUUGGACAACUUAAAGACACUGCAGUAAAAUUGACCUAAAUUAUUCAUUUAUUGACUUCACAGGAAAUAUGUUAUUAGUUUACUUAACAUUUCAGUUGUUGUGACAGUGCUGAGUAGAGCUCACGCUGAGUCUGCACAUUAUUUUCAUAUUUCAGACCAAGUAAAUUAAUGGUAAUUAAUCAUUAUUUUACUGUUGAGGAAUUUAGACUUUUUAUCUCCAGAAAGGUUUUCCAGAGUUUUCAGAGUUUUUACUCUAUUGUGAUUGUGAUCAAGCAGCAGCCUCUGGCACUGAAAAAUGAAGCCAAUGCUGAAGUGCCAAAAACUGCAGUUCUUUGAAUGACCACUUGAGGCUGGCUCCAAAAGCUCCAAUAGACCCCCAUGUUAAAUCCCCAACUUUACAGCCUGGUACAAACAACAGUCAUGGUCUUUAUAGCUGAUAUCCCCCUUCAUGAUAAGUAGAUAAAGUUUUACAUAAUUAAUGGUGGCUGCUGAUAGUGUCCUCUGCUUCUCAGUCUAUCCUCCACAACACCACCCUCCCCUCCAAAUAUGGUAAUUUCUGGCUCCAAAAAAAACAAGACGGUGACAGCCAAAAUGCCAGCUUCAAAAACAGAAGUCCGCAAACAAGUGGAUGUCACAGUAGCUCCAUUAUUUUUACAGUCUGUGACUCUGACUCUGCCUAUACACUGUAAACCCCAUUUAACUCACUCCACUUAAACACCAGACACAAAAUAAAUGUGUCCCAUGAUCCUCGUCUGACAGAAAUUGUAUGCCAGUUACACAAAAUAAUAAUAACGUUUUCCUGUUGUUUGAGCAUUUAAUUCUAUGUCAUAUGAACAUAAAAACAGUACACAUCUUACUACAUCUUUUUUCACUGAACUAUAAAAACAUAUUUUGUGACAAAUUUAGGUUUCCUGAUUGCUAGAAUAAGGCAAAGAGAUGAACAGGAAGCACUCUUUAUUUCCCCUCAGCACAACCUUAUGUUAGAUACUCCAAAAUCAACACAGGUGGGAGGUCACUAACUUUUACCGCAACAUUAACUGUAACCCAUUAGAACCAUGGUGAAAAAACAUAAACAUUAAUUAC